CACUGCAAGAUACAUAUAAACAUUUCUCUACUGAAGUGCACUCUGGUAAAAUUGUGACUUCUUAAAUCCACUCCUCUCUCUCUCCCCCACAGCUCGGUGCAGCACGUGCAGGCAAUGAGUGUUUUCAAAGCCCACAAUGCUCCGGGAGAGAAGCCUGUACUGUUGAGAGUCUACGAGCAGAGGAUGACAAAUGUCGUAGUCCACCUCCUCAUCUUGCUAACUCCCCUGGCCUACAAGGGUCUGAGGCUGAUCCCCAUACCGGUGGCCCUGGGAGUCUUCCUCUACCUCACCUACUCCUCUCUCAGCGGAGUCCAACUCACCAAGAGGAUCCAGCUCCUCUUCACUCCACCCAAACACCACCCUGACCUCUUCUACAUCAGGAAGGUCAGGACAAUUCGAAUACACAUGUACACCAUCAUUCAGGUGGUGCUGGUGUGUUUACUGUGGGGUCUGAAGCUAUCUCCAGCUGGAAUGAUCUACCCCGUGGCCAUCGUCGGUCUCAUUCCCAUUCGCAUGUUCCUGCGUCGCUUCGUCUUCUCUCACGCCGAGAUGGAGGCACUGGACAGCGAAGAAGACUUCCCUGAAGAUGCAGAAGAAGAAGAGGAUGACUUGAGAGAUGUUCAUGUUCCUUAUUAGUGCCCACCUUGUUUGUUUUUACGUCACCAUGACAACUGUGUGUGCACAAUUUACAGUUAUAUUUUUAUUUAAUGUGUUGCAAUGUCUGCAUAUAAUAUUAUUAUGUCGUUGUUUAACCACACCCUUUUCUGCUUUUUGACAGUCUGUUGCAUUGAAACGUAUAAUUAUGGCGAUGGUUAACGUUGCAUUCUCUCUGUAACUCUUUACCAAAAUUUUAUUGCAAGAACAAGACAUAUUAGAACAUUAUUAGCAAUUGUGAGCCAAGAUGAUAGAAAAAACCUUACAUGGUGAACAAUUUUUGAUAACGAACCAUUGUGUAAUUAUUAUGAUAUUAUGU